UCACUCCGAUAGGUAUUUUGAACGCAUGCAUUGAAUAUGGAUUUUACUAUCAGAGCCCAAUCUUCUUUCCAAGUUCUUGGGUGAGGCACCUUGCUGUUAUUCCCCUAUGUCAUCUUUAGUGACACACGUUGAACUUGGCCCUGAGGCGGCAGGAGUGGGCACUGCUUGUUUCAAGUCCACCCGCCUGAAUACACGUUUGUACUAACCUUCGCUCAUAUCAGAGGGCUGGCCAUCUUCCUGACCCUGGCCCAUUUGGUCUUGCCAAAUCUUUAGACAGGAUCGUUUGGAGCCAGGGUUAUCUUUCUCAGGCUGAUGGCGAAAUUGCAGUGUUCCUUUAAGGCACGAAUCAAGGAGGGGAGCGAGUGUCUGCGUUGUGGACACAGCCCCAAGCUGCAGUCUGGGGCCCAAUUAGCAAUGAGCUGAGCAGGGUUUUUGUUUAGCUUAGCAACGGCCUGCGCGGCCCCGGGGGCCCUUUGGGGCAUUUCCGGCGGGCUGAGGCCCAAGUCACCCUCCAGCCCGCGGUGGCGCUGGGCGGCUGCGGCACGUCGCCUCCGUGGGCUCCCAGACCUUUGCCCUCGCGGGUCUCGAAGCACUAGGCAGAGAAGGGGCUGCUGCCCACAGAGGGCGGCCGCCGCUGGCAGUCGCAGCACGCCGCGGGCCGACCAGGCUGUCGGGGCAGGUCAGUCUAAAGCUGCGCGGGGCUGAGCGCCGCGACAGGUUCCUCCGCCGCCGGGAGAGCGCGCCCGAGGCCCCCCAGGCUCCGCGGCGGGCGGGGACCCCAGGACGCCCGCCCCAGCCCGGGGCAGCCGGGGCCGGAUCCCUGAGGGCGGCGCUGGAUGGAGCCCAGCAGCCCGGCUUCCUGUGGUCUGGAGGUUCAGGCAGCAGCGGGAACAGCAUCUCCAAGACUGGGACAUGAAGGUCGCUGUGUUAGACCUGGGGUCUCUCUUUGCCAAAAUCUUCAAGACCUCGCCGGCCGCCGCCUCCAGCGCCUCGGGAGGCGCCGCCAACGCACGGCGGGAGGGGUCCAGCGCGGGCGCCUCGCUCCGCACCGCCCCGACCCUGACCCCUUUGCCCGCGCGGGCGCCCGACUCCCCCUCCGCCUCAGGGGGACCGCCCGCCUCGCUCCAUCCUGCGCUCACCGCCUCUUACCCCAGGGUCUCGGUGGCGAGCCGCGCGGCGGAAGCAGUAGGGAGCCCCCUCUCGCUGCCCGGUAGUCCGAGAGCAGCCAGACUUCAGCCCCUGCCCCCGAGCCCCUCCAGCGGGGGCUGCAGCGCCGCGGGCUCCCCCGCCCACCUGGUGGCCUCGGCGCGGCGGUCCGCGGGCGCUGGCGGGGUCUGCGCUGCGCGGUCGUCGGUCUGGGGCGCCGCGGGCAGCAGCAGUCUAGCCGCGAGCCCACGGAACACCCGCCGGUCUGGCCCCGGAGAGCGAGAGCCCGGCGCUUGGAUGCCCCCUGGGCCUGGCCCCAAGACUCUCUUCUUCACCCUGCCGCACAUCGGCGAGGAGCGGGCCUCGGACGGCGACUCGGACAGCGACUCGGAGGCCGGCGGAGACGCAAGAGGACUGUCAGAAGGAUCUGGGAAGCAAAGUUUGGCUGUGAAAAGCAAAGAUCCUUUACCUACACAUUUUACAAGCAAUGUGCAGAAAGCCAUUGAUAAAUAUACCUGUGAACUCGGGUCAUCAUUUACAUCCAGUGGCAGCACCACGCCUGCAGGCACCCACAACUCUUGGUCUCGGUCUGGGACGCAGAGUUCUACCACUGGCUUAUCAACUGAGAGGAGCUCCAUUUACUCUUGGAGAGAUGACGAGUUUGACAAGGCGAACGCAGAGAAAGUCCAGCAGUUAUUCUGGGAGGUGGAGGAAAUGUUAUUUGAAGGGAAAGUAAGCCCUCAUACUCAGAAUCUAGUGGCUGAAUGCAGUGAGUGGGCAAGAAGAUCCCUCCAUCUGAGAGUAUUAGGAAGACAGCUCAUCAUGCCAACUGAUGAAGGGUUCCAACAUUUCCAGGGCAGCGAGCCUAGUACUAUAGUCCACAAACCCUUCUUAGAUGCCUGUGGACACAACCGCAACAGCAGAGAAUUGUGUGUCUCUGGCUCUCAAAUACUCCCCGAGGUGUGCUCAGCUCCUCCCUUGCCAGGCCCCGAGGGCCCAGGGGUUGCUGGCCUAACAGCAGGCUCAGCCCAGGAAGAAGAGGUUUAUGACGUGGAUGGAAAGAUUGAAGAAUAUUUUGCUUUUGACAGAAAAGAAGAUGAUGAUGAAUGUCUUGAACAAAAAUCAGCUCACCGCCACAGGAUGUGGCGGAAACACGGACUUCCUCCCCUUUCUCCUCAUGACUGUAUCAAAGAUGCGGUGGCUGCAGAAGUGUUUGAUCACGUCUGGACAAGUGUCGUAGAGAUAUUGGAAGAGCUGAUCAGAAAAAAUUGGGAAGUUACACUCACAGAAGGAAAGAAACAGAAAGAAAAAUUGAAAGUAGCUGGGAAUAAAUCUCCACUGAUACUCAUUUCCCGUAUUAACACUGAUGCACCAAGUGUUCCCCCAUCCAGAAGCUCUGAAGCCCGAAGCAUCUCCCUGGCUCCUCAUCUUAAUCCACCUCAGAUUCAUCGCUUCUCCAACAAUUUUUAUAGUGAUUUGAGUGGUGUGAUGACAAUUCAAGCAAAGCCACUGCAGCAGAGACCUACCUAUUUCUCAGAUAGAACACAGAAUGAGCAAGAGGACAGAUCACUGGGUGCAGGGCCCAGUGUCCUUUCUUUGGCACGGCACCGCCUGGGACGAACCUCCUCCGAUGCUCACAUACUCCACACUUCUGAAAAGAAAACACCUGCGUACACGAGGCUGCCUUCUCUUACUUCAGACUCACAGAGGAUGAAAACCCCCACUGUGUACAAUGAUGAAGUUCUUAGGGGAACAAAACUGCAAACUGGCAUGGAGUGUGUGUCCUCCCCCCUGGUUCAAGCCUCCCGGAGCAGGUUACCCCCAAUAGGCUCAGAGACCGGUGAGCAGAAUAUGGCAGUUCCUGGAUCUCGACCUGUUUCUUACAGAGGGAGGCAGCCACAAAACCGUGUGCUAAGUGCAAUUCCUGACAGUUCAAAGCGAUCGCCUCUUCGAGAGAGAUCUCUGACUAUAGAACACUUUUCAAGACCCAGCACGACCCAUGCAUUUCGGUUAGAUACUCCCCGGAAAGGUUCGUUGACCCUGAUGGAAUUUGCUGGCCACACAUGGACAAGUCAGAGUUUCUUCACAGGUUCACAAUAUCCGCCUAAGUCUUUUCAGAGGAUGACUCUGGCUACAAGAAACAGAUUCCAAGUGGCAUCUUGAUGGAGCUUGGACUUCAAAGCCUCAGCACACCAUUUGUCACUUGAAAAAUGGAAGAACCAAGUAUUAUAUUAUGUAUCUGUUUGUCUGACAGUGAGAUGUAAGCCUGUGUGAGAGAAAUGCAAACAAAUAAACAAUUUAAUUUUGAACACUUGCAUUGCAAAGAGCAUACAAGUCAAGUUCACCAACCUUCUCCGUUGGAAGCAUUCCAACAGAGAUUCUUUAGGCUUUGCUCAGAAGAAUCUGAUCCGUGUUUAUCAUCCAUCAUUUUAUCAAUUAUACACAGACACACAUGUAAUUAGUGUAUGUUUACACACACUACUUUACAACGUGAGAGGAUAUUAUCUAGGAAUAUGCC